GAGCCGGGCAGCUGCAGCGGAGCCGCGGAGCGGGCGGCGGGGCCGGCGCGGUGCGCUCGCGCGCGGGAUGUGAGGCCGCCGGGCCGCAGCGCGCACGGACGCUCGCACGGGCGAGGGCGGCGACCCCUCGCGGACGGCCGGCCGCGCGCCGGGCCGCGGACCCGCUCCCGCGCUCGCCCUCGCGCGCCCCGCGCCCCCAGCGCGCCGGCGGGACCAUGAAGAAGUUCUCGCGGAUGCCCAAGUCGGAGGGCGGCGGCGGCGGCGCGGCGGGGAGCUCGGCCGGCGGGCCCGGGGCCGGCUCCGGCGGCGGCGGCUCGUCCGUGGGGGUCCGCGUGUUCGCCGUCGGCCGCUACCAGGUCACCCUGGAGGAGUCGCUGGCCGAAGGUGGAUUCUCCACGGUUUUCCUGGUGCGGACACAUGGUGGAAUCCGCCAUGCAUUGAAACGAAUGUAUGUGAAUAGCAUGCCAGACCUCAACAUUUGUAAAAGGGAAAUUACAAUUAUGAAAGAGCUGUCUGGUCACAAAAAUAUUGUGAGUUAUUUGGACUGUGCUGUUAAUUCAAUAAGUGAUAAUGUAUGGGAAGUGCUUAUCUUAAUGGAAUAUUGUCGAGCCGGACAGGUAGUGAAUCAGAUGAAUAAGAAGCUGCAGACAGGUUUUACGGAGGCAGAAGUGCUGCAGAUACUCUGUGAUACCUGCGAAGCUGUCGCAAGAUUGCAUCAGUGCAAGACUCCAAUAAUUCACCGGGAUUUGAAGGUAGAAAAUAUUUUGUUGAAUGAUAGUGGAAACUAUGUACUUUGUGACUUUGGCAGUGCCACGAAUAAAUUUCUUAAUCCGCAAAAAGAUGGAGUUAAUCUAGUAGAAGAAGAAAUUAAAAAAGCCCCUGAAAUGAUCAACCUUUAUGGAGGGAAACCCAUCACCACCAAGGCUGAUAUCUGGGCACUGGGGUGUUUACUGUAUAAACUUUGUUUCUUCACUCUUCCUUUUGGUGAGAGUCAGGUUGCUAUCUGUGAUGGCAGCUUCACCAUCCCAGACGAUUCUCGCUACUCCCAGAAUAUACAUUGCUUGAUAAGGUUCAUGCUGGAACCAGAUCCAGAGCGCAGACCUGACAUAUUUCAAGUGUCCUAUUUUGCAUUUAAAUUUGCCAAAAAGGAUUGUCCAGUUUCCAACAUCAAUAAUUCUUCUGUUCCUUCCGCUCUUCCUGAACCGAUCAUGACUGCUAGUGAAGCAGCUUCUAGGAAAAGCCAAAUAAAAGCCAGAAUAACAGAUACCAUUGGACCAACAGAAACCUCAAUUGCACCAAGACAGAGACCAAAGGCCAUCUCCACUCCUGCCACUCCCAGUGUGCUGACCAUUCAGAGUUCAGCAACCCCUGUGAAAGUCCCCGCUCCUGGUGAAUUCGGGAACCACAGACCAAAAGGAGCCCUGAGACCCGGCUGUGGCCCCGAGCUGGCGCUGGGUCAGGGCCGCCGCAGCCCGCCGCAGCAGCCCCCGCAGCAGCACCGCGUCCUGCAGCAGUUGCAGCAGGGAGACUGGAGGCUGCAGCAGCUCCACCUCCAGCCCCGGCCCCCGCAGCCGCCGCCGCAGCUCCUCCAGGACGCCUACGGGCAGCAGUAUCAGCACGCAGCGAGGCAGCAGCAGAUGCUCCAGCAACAGGUUUUGCUGCAUUCCGUGUAUCAGCCGCAACCUUCUGCAUCACAGUAUCCUGCAAUGGUGCAGCAGUACCAGCAGGCGCUCCUGCAGCAGCAGGUGCGAGCUCAGCGUCCGCAGCCCCAGCCCCAGGCUUCACCCGAGUUUCUCACGUCCCCUCAGGAGUUCCCGCCAGCCUUAGUUUCCUACACUUCUUCCCUCCCGGCUCAGGUUGGAACCAUAGUGGACUCCUCUUAUAGUGCCAACAGGUCAGUUGCUGAUAAAGAGGCAGUUGCUCAUCUUCCAAGUCAGAGGAACGUCAGUAACCCACCUGACAUGUCGGGGUGGAACCCUUUCGGAGACGAUAAUUUCUCCAAGUUAACGGAAGAGGAACUGUUGGACAGAGAAUUUGACCUUCUGAGAUCAAGUAAGGGACACUUGAAGGCUUAUUUUGCUUCACAGUAAAAUCACAGCUCUAUAAUUAUUCAGCAAGGCCAAAGACUGUUUUGAGGUGGUAAAUAGAAAAUUCUUUUUGCGCAUUUGAGGGCAAAAAUCAGGCCGUCUUUUACGUAUACUGUCGAACUAUGUUGCGUUCUUUUGAAAUCAAUUGCUUGAUUAAACCCAGGAUUGCUAGUAACAUGCUGAUUCCUAGCACUUAAAUACUGCAUAUCUUUGAAUGUUAAAUUCGGAAUAUCUCUAAAACAUGGAAAAUUGAUACUUAAAUGAAAAGGGAGAUAUCCGAAUCUUGCUUACUAAUCAUUUUGCAGCUCUCUUUUCUUGCACACGCAGUAGAAGACACUGUGGGUCUGAGAUGCCCUUUGAAAGUGCCUGAAAGAAAACAUGGGCUACUACAUUAUGUUAAUGUUCUGUAAUGCCCUUUUAAUGAGUGCUGACAUAAAAGGGCUGCUUUGUUGUCCUGAUAUGGCAAAAGUUAAAUAAAUUAUUUUCCAC